AUGGCCAUCAACACGCCAAAUGGCCUUUCCGAAAUUGAAAGGCAGCGACAGGCGAACAUCGCAGAACAAAAGGCUCUUCUAAAAGAGUUACAACUGACGCAGCCCGCAGGGAAAUUUGCGAGCCCUGGCACAUCGAAUAACUCAGCAAAGCCCAAAAAAAGAGCUGCGCCCAAGCGUGUGAAGCAAGAAGAAUCUCCAGCUCCACGACGACAGUCGUCCCGCCUCCAGGGACUCGCAGUCGACAGCGAGGUCGCCAAACGCAAAGCGGAAGAACAGUACGAGGCGGCAAAAGAAGUGGAACGUGCUAAGAAGAUCAGACGCACCGAUUCAUUCACUCAAAAUGACAUGUUCAUCGCUGGUCAGAAACUGACGGGACAAAGCCUGAUCGGAAUCGAUGCUGUGAACAAAGGUGUGGCUGAGCCGUAUGUUCGCACAUUUGGUGAUGAAGAGAUUGAGAAGACAAACGAUAAGGAACUUAAAGCGCUUCGCGAGGAGAUGAAUGGGUUGCAAUUGUGGGAUAAGUGGGAGCCACAAAGAAUCAAGAUUACUCCCGAGCGCGUGUAUACUAUGGCAUUCCAUCCUUCCGAAUCUAAACCUUUGAUUUUUGCGGGCGAUAAAAUGGGGCAUCUUGGCAUUCUAGAUGCCUCACAGGAGAAGCCUGAAGUGAAGCAAGAGGAUGAGGAAGAUGAGGAGGAUCCAGACCCCAUCCUGACGACCCUUAAAAUCCACACUCGAACAAUCAGCUGCAUGACGGUUCACCCAUCGAAGCCAACUUCGUUGUACACCGCGAGCUAUGACAGCUCCAUCCGCGAAUUAGAUCUUGAAAAAACUGUGUCGGUAGAGAAGUAUGGGCCGGAAUCAACAAACAUCGAUGAAGCAAUUUCCGGCAUUGACAUGGCCCCCGAGGACCCACAUGUUCUAUACUGGACUACUCUCAACGGUGGAUUUGCCCGAUAUGACGUUCGCACUCCCAAAAGCACAGUGUCAUCAUGGCAGUUAUCCGAGAAGAAAAUUGGCGGCUUCACACUUUGCCCAUCUUCUUCCCAUCUGUUUGCCACCGCCAGUUUGGAUCGCUUCAUGCGAUUGUGGGAUCUCCGGAACCUAUCCUUCGACGAGCCAGAGCCCGUCGCAGAGCAUGAGAGCCGUCUUUCUGUGUCCCAUGCUGCAUUCAAUGCCGCCGGUCAAAUUGCAACGUCCUCAUACGAUGAUACUCUGAAAAUCUAUGACUUGGGCGCCAAGGGCAUUUCAACCUGGCCAAAGGGCCACCAGCUCGGCGAUAAGGAAUUCCGGCCGGACACCGUCGUGAGACACAAUUGUCAGACUGGGCGCUGGGUUACAAUUCUUCGUCCGCAAUGGCAACUGAACCCGCAAUCCCAUAUCCAAAAGUUCUGCAUUGGAAACAUGAAUCGAUUCGUCGAUGUUUACAGUGCUGGCGGUGAUCAGCUUGCUCAGCUGGGAGGUGAUGGCAUCACAGCUGUCCCUGCAGUCGCAGUCUUUCACCGCAGCAAGAACUGGGUUGCUGGCGGUACCGCUAGUGGAAAGCUCUGUUUGUGGAUGUAG